AUGACGGGUGUUGCUGUGUGUUUGCAAUUCUCUCCAGAGGUGUCCAUCCUUUGGGCUGCUCAUCAGGUCCACCACAGUUCAGAGUACUACAACCUCACCACCGCCCUGAGACAGUCCCUCACUCAGCAGUUCACCUCAUGGGUUUUCUACCUUCCGUUGGCUCUGGCUUUACCUCCCUCCAUUUUUGCUGUGCACUUACAGUUGAAUCUACUCUACCAAUUCUGGAUUCACACCGAGCUGAUCAGAGACCUCGGACCUCUGGAGUGGGUUUUCAACACCCCCAAACAUCACAGAGUUCAUCAUGGGAGGAACGUGUACUGCAUCGAUAAGAACUACGGGGGCAUCCUGAUCAUUUGGGACAGACUGUUUGGCACCUUUGCUCUGGAGACGGACAAAGUGAUAUAUGGUCUGGUGUUUCCUAUCAAGUCAUUUGAAAUCCUUCACGUUCAGUUUCAUUACUAUAAAUAUCUGUGGAGGAAGUCCAACAUUUACAAAACUAUCACCAACAAAUUAUCAGCUUUCCUCAAAGGCCCGAGCUGGAAGCCCGGUAAACCACGGCUGGGCGACCACCUCAACAAUCCCAAGGUUACUGGAAAGGAAGUGCCUUACGAUCCCAGCUGCUCGCUGCCUUUACAAAGUUAUGUGGUGAUACAUUUCCUGCUGGUGCUGUGGACUUACCACGAGUUGUUUGAAAACAAAAUGGUGCUGUCUCAGUUCACCAUUCUGGGGAUGAUCGGCUACGUUCUGCUCACUCUCACCUCGCUGGGCUUCCUCAUUGACCAAAGGCCAACAGCGGCUUUCUUGGAGGCCCUUCGCUGUGCGGUCAUGGUAACAUUGCAGUGCUACAAGUGCGUGACAGCCCCCAUUCCUUCUCUCGCUGUUCCCACUGAGGUAAGAUGUGUUGUAAUGUUUCACUGA